AUGUCGAUGUCUAAGAUACGGAAGACCGAAUCAGCAAUUAUUACUCACGUCCGAAUGAACGCAGAUUUCUUCAAGGACAAUUUGCUGCCCAUGGAGAUGAAAUUCGUGGGACGGAGGUACAGCUUCCAGAUGGAAGGGAGUGGGCUUAAUAUGGCCGGAUACUUCGAAGAUGAUUCUCCAGAUGAGUUGAACGUCUUUUUUUAUAGCGAUCGAAUUGGAAAGUUACUGAAAGAAGACUCCACUGUCGAUUACAAGGGAUUAAUGAAGUUCGAGAUCAACGAGGCCCCGGUAAAAAGACAGAUCAAUGCCCUCGAAAAGCUGCGCUUGGGAGAAAAUGGGGUCACCGGUGGUUUGAUAAUCGAGAAACGGGUGGAAAACUCAGUACAAAAACUCAAUGCUCAUGACCUCUGCGAAAGGACUGCCGUUUAUGCCGGAUUUCACAGCCCGCGCGCAUAG